AGUGCAGGCAGGAACCUCAGGAUGGACAGCAGUGGCUUGUGAGAGUGGGCAGGGCCAUUUUGGCCUUCUUCUACAGACCUUGUCUGGGAGGGGAUGGGGCUGCUGAGCCAUGUGCACCACCCUCUUCCUGCUCAGCACCUUGGCCAUGCUCUGGCGCCGCCGAUUCACCAACCGGGUCCAACCAGAGCCCAGCGGAGUAGACGGGGCCGUUAUAGGCAGCAGAUUGGAAACAGACCUCCGGUCCUCAGGCAGGGAGAAAGAGUCUCUGAAGUAAGUCGUCACAUCUUCAGGCGGAGCUCGGCCCCAGGGACUGAGAUCAGGGGCAGAAGCAGUUCAAGUCCUGGCUUGCCCCCCACCCACAAAGGACGCUGUGGUGGAAGCAGCAACAGCAAGCAGGAGAAUGGGAAAGAGCAGCCAUCAAGAAGGUGCUGUGCCAAGUGCUUUAUUUAUAUGCAUCGUCUCAUUUAUGGGGCAGGAACUGUUGUCAUCCUCAUUUACCCAAUAAGGAAAGUGAAGUUCGCAGAGCUUGCUCAAGGUCACUCACAGCGAGUAGUGAAGCCAGGAUGUGUGCCCGGGCAUGUGAUGCCAAAGCCUGGGAAGGUGUUGGGGCACAGAGCACUGACUUGAGUCUUGAGCUGGGGCUCGAGGACGUCCUGGAUGUGACCUGUCCCCCAGGGCACAAGGGAGUGAGAGCUGUGGACCCUGCCCGCUGAUAUUCCCCCUGCUCACUCUGCAGAAACUCAUCAUUCGAGGCUGGGCCAGACUCUGGGCCCCGAAAGGCCAGUCCUGGCCUGCCGACUGAGGGGAGUGAGGAGAGCUGCCUUUCCAGGACCUGUCACGUCCCUCAGGGAGGAAGCAGUGGCCCCUAGCCAGGACGACAGACAUCCUCGAGCUUGUCACUCAUUGCCCCUACGGCUCUGUUGCAGAGCCCUGGGGGUAGGAGAGGAUGGUAGCCAGUAGCCGGCCUGCGAUGGGGGAGCUUGAGGAGGAAGGCUUUGUUGUUUGUUUUUGCAGGGGAGGGUGUGCGGUUUCAAGGAGGUGGCUUCAAGAGGGACCCUCUGACUUCAGCUGGAAACCAGCCCUUAUACCUAAGGAUCAUUGACCUUCUCUGUGGGAUACACAUGCCCCCUAGCGGGGAUUAAGCCGAGAGGGUGGCUGAGAAAAUUAAAACCAAAAAAAAAAAGAUUUUCUGAUAGAUUAUGGCCUCUGAGCCUGGAUAGGAAUGGCCAGUCCCGUGUCCGUGCAAAUGCACGUGCCCGCGCGCGCGCACACACACACACACACACACACACGGGCACACACAGGUUUAAUACCAUUUGCAGAGGCCAGGUGAACGGAGCAUUCAAAGAAAUGAUUUCAUUUCUUCCUUGGUCAUUUAUUUAAGAAGCGUGUAUCGGGAGCCUGUGACGUAUACACCAUGUGGUAGGUGCUGGAGUCAGACCGUGAUGAAAGGGACGGUGCCCGACCUGCCAGGGGGGACAACAGGAAGAACCUGGCUGAGGAAGCCCAGGUGUGCUGCCUUGGCCGCUGUCUGGUCACAUGAGCUUUCCUUCUCUGGACCUCAGUCUCCCCAUUUAACAGGCAGUGUGGAACCCAAGUGGGCUGGUGCUGAGGAUGGGAGGGACCCCCUGACUACCCUCAGAAGAAGAACCGUCUGGUAAAAUGAAGGGGAUGGACCACUUCCAGAUUCUCCAGUCAGAACAAGCUAAGAUGGACUGUGUUUGGAGGUGCUGACAAUGACUUGCCCCCUCAGCAAGCGUGGAUGGAGCACCUGUAUGCCAGGCCCCGUGGGUGCAGAAAUGAAGUAAAGCUUCCUGCCACAAAGAGCUAGAAAACAUGGCAAAAUAGAAGCAACCGACACUUGAUGGCAGGCACCACACAGGAUGGUGACCCCAUGGCCGCCUCAGUGUCUGCCUCGCCCAGGUCCCUGCCUGUGGCGUGGGGAGGGGAACCCCAGCAGACUGCAGUGGUCUCGUUCUGGUGAGGAGACAAGAUCAGAGCUCAGGACAGUGCGCUGUUCCUAAGGGUAUACACACAGAUCAGUGGGAUCGCCAAAACAGACACCCCGAAGGUGAUCCAAUGGAGAAAGAAAAGUCCUUUUGAGAGAAUACAAAAAGCACUGACCAUAAAAGAAAAAGAUAAGUUGAACUUUAUCGAAAUUCUUGGAAGGCCCAGAAUAUUUGCCAAGCAAAAAUCUGAGAAAGGACCCAUAUCCAGAAUAUAUAAAGAACUUUUACGACUCAAUAAUAAAAAGACAGCCCCCAAAAAGGGAGGGGGAGGGUUUUAAUAGACACUUCAGAAGACAGUAUACAUAUGGCCCGUAAACACAUAAAAAAAUACACAACAUCAUAAGUCAUCAAGGAAAUGCAAAUUAAAACCACUAUGAGAUACUACUGCACACUCACCAGAAUGGCUAAAAGACCAUGAUAGAUGUUGGUGAACAACCGUAACCCUGUACCAAUACAUUGCUGGGAAACCAGUUUGGCAGUUUCUUAGGAAGUUAUCCAAGAAGAACGAACCUGGUCCACACAAAGAGAUGUUCAGAGCAGUGUUAUUAAUAAUAGCUCCAAACUGGAAACAACCCAAAUAUCCUUCAACAGGUGAAUGGAUAGGAAAGGGGGCAGUGUAUUCACACAAUGGAAUACUACUCAGCAAUAAAAAGGAAAUGAGCCACUAUAUGAGUCAUAACACGGGGCACUGAGAGAAGCCAGACCCCAAAGAGCACCUACUAUAUGAAUCCAAUUAUAGGAGAUUCUAGAACAGGCAGGACUAAUCUGGAAUGGCAGAAAGCAGAUCAGUGGUUGUCUGGGGCCAGGGCUAGAUAUGGACACUUUGAAAUAGCAGGAAGGUGCCCUUCGGGGUGCUGAAGAUGUUCUAAAUCCUGACUGGGGUUGUGGUUAUACGGGUGUACCGCUGACUGGAUGAUUGAAUCGUACAUUUUAAAUGCAUGCAUUUUAUUGUAUGUAAAUUAUAUCUCAAUAAAGAUGACUUAAAGAGUUUUAAAAAAACAACAACAACAAGAAUGAAGACCUGAUCCUUGUCUUGCUCACAGUCUAGUGGAACAGCCAGAUGUGAAAACAAAUAAUCAUGACAGUGGGUAUCCUAAGAAGUGUGCUCAAAUAACGAGGGUCCUGUUGGUGACGCGCCCCCUCAUGCCCGGCCCAUGGAGGUGCUUGUGCGUGCACUGUUCUAAACGUCCAGAUGAGAAAAGAGGCUGAGACGGAGGGGCAGUGGUUCACGCAGGGUUACUGAGCUAGAAUCAGAGGGCUGGGACGGCUCUCCGAGCCUGCCUGGGCGAGGAGCAUGUAUUUCACCAGCCUGCGGCAGAACACCCAGCAGAGAGCUCGGGACCGCUGCAGCUUCUCAGGUGAGACUUUGCGGAGGAGGUAUUGACAUAGGAGCUGGAAUUUGCUCAGCAGAGGAGAAGAUGAGGGGAAGGAAAUUUCAAGGCAAAGGGAACAAACAAUAUAAACAAAGGCUGAGCAACACUCGUGAGAAGGCAGGGUUCCUGGGAAUGGAGAGACGUGUCCCAAAAUGAGCAGAAGAGGUCAACAGGAUAUUACAUGUUCUUCUCAUUCACUUAUUUUUUAAGAACCCAUUAAGCAAUAAUUUUACGAGAGGCAACAGCUCUGCUGAGCAGGCAAGUGAUGUGUGUGCUCUUGGCAAACACAGGAAACAACCCACUGCUAUGCCAAAGUCGCCUCUUCUCAGUAAAUGGGGUAUGCCUUGCGACACUUCUCCCCCUGCAGGAGGUUACAGCUGUGGUCCACAAUCCCAGGUUCCUGCUGAACACAAUCUGUGGCACGCUUUCAUGAUCUUCAGAAAUCCCAGGGGGGAACAAAAAAAACCCUGUGCUUUUAUGCUGGGCUUUCUGGCUGGCUGAAGUCAAACCACUGGAGUGAAGCAAAAUGUGUCCCACUGUCAUCCUGUGUUCUUCCAGGAAACUCUGCACAGCGGUGAGGAUCACAGGCUUUGAGGUUGGACUAUCUGAGGUCUGAUCUCAACGCUCCCAUUUACUGAUCACUUUCAUCUUUCUGCCCUUUGACUUCUUUGGUUGCAAAAGGGGGGUGAUCGUAAGAGGGCAGAUGGGAGAAUGAAGGGACAGUACAUGCAAUGUGUUCAGACCCAUCAAGUCUGAGGUGUUAAGCAUGUACAGGUUUUGUAUGCCAGUCUGGCCUCAAUAUGUUGGUUUCUUAAAAGGAAGGUGCUUUUAGCAGAGCCUGGCCCGGAGCAAACACUUAACAGACAGUAGCUUUUGUGUUUUCAGAAAGGGGACAUGCACAUGUCCUUUUAUUUUGCCAUGACCUGUUCUUUCAGAGAAUUAUAAUGAAACGAAAAGGAUUUGGGACAUGUGGACCAUAUCAUUUAGGACGAUUGUGACUCUAACAGAACACCCAACUUAGGGUGGCUCAAACAGUAAGGAGAUUUCUUUUUUAAAUCUCCCAUUCUGCGGCAUCUGGGUGGCGCAGUUGGUGAAGCACCCGACUCUUGGUUUCAGCUCACGUCAUGAUCUCCGGGUCGUGAGACUGCG